UGAAAUUUUCAUGUGCAUUCUCAUAUUCGCCUUUGCUAGUUCGGGUUAACACAGCUGUUGGUGGUUCCGAAUUUAUACUAGUCUCACUGGAUAUUAAACAUGGAUUUUUUAUCUUGUGGUAUGUACUCAAUGGCGGAUUCGACGCUUCCAGAUUCUGUGGACGGACACAGUACACUUGCGAAGAAAAGUCGCGAAAAAAGUACGGUGACGGGAAUGGCCACGUUGACUAGGGAAGAACGGCGGAGAAGACGGCGGGCCACCCAAAAGUACAGAAUGGCUCAUGCAACGCGCGAGCGAGUUAGAGUCGAGGCGUUCAACGUGGCGUUCGGAGAAUUGCGAAAACUCUUGCCCACCAUACCGCCCGACAAGAAAUUGUCAAAAAUCGAAAUAUUAAGGCUCGCGAUAUGUUACAUUAUGUAUUUAAAUCAAUUUUUGGAAACGUAA